AGCAAGGAUCCCGAGAGAGCCGGGCACGUGGGUGGGGACUUCGCCCUGCGCUCUCCCCGCCCGCAGCCGCAGCUGUCGGAUGUGAAGCCCGCAUCCGCGCUGCCUGCGCUCGCCUCCUGGCCGCCGGGGCUCGCAGUCCGCCGCUCCUGACCGCGACCACGACCGACCCCGGGACGACGCCUUCCCAGGCUGUGAGCCGCGCGUGUAAGAGUUGGGCUCACGAGGAGGGCUGCCCGCGGGACUGUGGGUGACGGUCAGCGAAGGUCGCCCUCGAGCUCUGCUUUGCCGCGCGCCCGCUGAGUCUUAAGUGGGUGGUUAAGCACCCAGUCCUUUGAGCCCAGGAGGGGAGAAGGAGUCCGGGUCGGUCCAACAGAGAUUGGGGAGACACAGGAAGGAACCGGGAAGAUUUUGGAAAAGCUGCACGAUUUAGAAAGCACAGUCAGAUGCUUGAUGUCAUUGUCAAGUAGGAGCUGCUUAGGGAACGUUCGGAAGGUCUGGAGGACUCAUCUCAGCGUUUAUAUAAAUGAUUAUUAGUGCUCUGCCUCUCAGCGCACGGACCCUGAGAUCAGCCCUUGGAUUGCCAAAAACGCGGAAACUCUCCAGAUGUCUUCCAGUAAUGACCAAGUUUUUAUCCCAGUGUCACAAAGAAACACCAAUGGCCUCACCGGGAUGCCGUCCAAUGACCCGAAGUCAUUUACUAAAGGAGCUGUGUUAAGUUUUCAUAACAUCUACUAUAAAGUAAAAGUGAAGAGUGGCUUUCUACUUGGUCGAAAAAUACUUGAGAAAGAAAUACUAACGAAUAUCAAUGGGAUCAUGAGACCUGGCCUCAACGCCAUUCUGGGACCCACAGGUGGAGGCAAAUCUUCGCUGUUAGAUGUCUUAGCUGCAAGGAAAGAUCCACAGGGAUUAUCUGGAGACGUUUUGAUAAAUGGAGCACCUCGACCUGCUAAUUUCAAAUGUACCUCAGGUUAUGUGGUACAAGAUGAUGUUGUGAUGGGAACUCUGACAGUGAGAGAAAAUUUGCAGUUCUCAGCAGCUCUUCGGCUCCCAACAACUAUGACAAAUCAUGAAAAGAAUGAACGGAUAAACAAGGUCAUUCAAGAGUUAGGUCUGGCUAAAGUGGCAGAUUCCAAGGUUGGAACUCAAUUUACCCGUGGGGUAUCUGGGGGAGAAAGAAAAAGGACUAGUAUUGGAAUGGAGCUUAUUACAGAUCCAUCCAUCUUGUUCCUGGAUGAACCCACAACUGGCUUAGACUCAAGCUCAGCAAAUGCUGUCCUUUUGCUCCUGAAGAGGAUGUCUAAACAGGGAAGAACCAUCAUCUUCUCCAUUCAUCAGCCUCGUUAUUCCAUCUUCAAGCUGUUUGAUAGCCUCACCUUGUUGGCCUCAGGAAGAGUAAUGUUCCACGGGCCUGCUCAGGAGGCCCUGGCGUACUUUGCAUCAGCUGGUCACCACUGUGAGCCCUAUAAUAACCCUGCAGACUUCUUCCUGGAUGUCAUUAAUGGAGACUCCUCUGCUGUGAUAUCAAACAGAGAGGAUGAAGAUGGUGAAGCCAAGGAGACUGAAGAGUCGUCCAAGAGAGAGAAGCCACUCAUAGAAAAAGUAGCUGAGUUUUAUGUCAACUCCACCUUCUUCAGAGAAACAAAAGCAGAAUUAGAUCAACUUUCAGGGGUUCAGAAAAAGAAGAAGAGUGUAGUCUUCAAGGAGCUCACCUAUGCCACCUCCUUUUUUCAUCAACUCAAAUGGAUUGCCAAGCGUUCGUUCAAAAACUUACUGGGUAAUCCCCAGGCUUCUAUAGCUGAGAUAAUUGUAACAAUCUUCCUGGGACUGAUUAUAGGUGCCAUUUUCUAUGAUCUUAAAAAUGACUCUAUGGGAAUCCAGAAUAGAGCUGGGGUGCUCUUCUUUCUGCUAGAUAACCAGUGUUUCAGCAGUGUUUCAGCUGUGGAGCUCUUUGUGGUCGAGAAGAAGCUCUUUAUACAUGAAUAUAUCAGUGGUUACUACAGAGUGUCAUCUUAUUUCUUUGGAAAACUGUUAUCUGAUUUACUGCCCAUGAGGAUGUUAACAACUAUUAUAUUUACGUGUAUAACAUACUUCUUCUUAGGAUUGAAGCUAGUCGUGGACUCUUUCUUCAUCACGAUGUUUACUCUCUUGAUGGUGGCUUAUGCGGCCAGUUCUAUGUCACUGGCCAUAGCAGCAGGUCAGAGUGUGGUAUCCCUAGCAACAUUUCUCAUGAACAUCACGUUUGUGUUUAUGAUGAUCUUUUCCGGGCUGUUGGUCAAUCUCACAACCAUAGUGCCUUGGCUGUCAUGGCUUCAGUACUUCAGCAUUCCUCGAUACGGCUAUACGGCUUUGCGGCAUAAUGAAUUUUUGGGACAGAACUUCUGCCCGGGACUCAAUGUAACAGCAAACAAUACCUGUAGCUUUGCCAUCUGUACCGGCGAAGAAUACUUGAUAAUCCAGGGCAUCGACCUCUCACCUUGGGGCCUGUGGAAGAAUCACGUGGCCUUGGCGUGCAUGAUUGUAAUCUUCCUUACAAUUGCCUACCUAAAGUUGUUAUUUCUUAAAAAAUUUUCUUAAAUUCUGUCUAAUUUACAUAACUUAUCUACAUAUUAAAAUGGAGCACCUUGAUUUAAG